UAUAUAUAUAUAUAUAUAUAUACAUUACUCAAACAAGCUCAUCAAUAUACAUACACACAUAUACACUUGGCGUGUAUAGAUUAAAAUCAAGCAGUCAUGGUGGAAAAGUCAGCCAGUCAGCUGUAGUCAGCUGUAUUCUGUGUUAAUAAAUUAUUUUAUCAAUUUUAAAACCAAAAUUGUAAUUAUUACUUCAGACAAAUGUUUAUCAACAGCCAAGUAUGUGAUAGAAUAUAAAAUUGACAAAAGUAAAGGCUUUAAUUAAGUUUAAAUUGUUUUGUUAUGUUGGCUGCUGACAGUCACAAAAAAAAAGUGGCCUUGAGUGUCGAACCCUGACCAUGCCAAGUCGGAUGACAUUUUUGGGGAUACGCUGACCAAUAACUUGUCGUCAGCGCCCACUGCUCUUCGUUCCAAACCUGAGUUGCCUCUCGGUAUUGUCUAUUGUCAGGUAGACUGCCACCAGUAAGUUCAUUUUUAAAAUAACCUGCAAAUCGACAACAAUCCUUUGUUCGAACAAAAUGGGCAAUUGUCUCAAGAGCAGUGGAAGUGCUCAAAAUGACAACGCGACUCUGUUGAACAACAGUCCAGAUCCUGCAAUGUCUGGUAGUUUGUCGCAAGAUCAACUAAAUUCACAAGCUAUGCCUUACAAUGAGCUGGUUGAUUCUCGGUACCCGGUUGUCUCAACACGCGAGAGACACGUGCGAUCAACGGAGUCGAGCAUCGGCGGACUGGGCCAGGGCAUCGGGAUGACAACCGGCAACAUCAGAGGAACCGGACUGAUGAACUCGGCAGCGAUUAACGAAGAGGAGCACCAGGUGCGAAUUGCCAAACGCAUUGGACUGAUCCAGCACUUGCCCUCGAGGGAGUACGACGGUGCCAAAAAGGGGGAGUGUGUAAUCUGCAUGAUGGAGCUGACUAUUGGAGAGGCCGUUCGCUAUCUUCCCUGCAUGCACACUUAUCACGCGAUGUGCAUCGACGACUGGCUGCUGCGUUCUCUCACCUGUCCCUCCUGCAUGGAGCCCGUCGACGCGGCUCUCAUAAAUUCCUACCACCCCACAACUUAGUUCCUCAGAACUGACCUUAAAUUACCAGUCGAGAUGUCGAACCAUGGCUCUCAAGCCGCUCGGGUGUAAAAAGAUAAGCGUCGGGGUAGACUUUUAACUAUCGACAAUAGUAAAUCCUCGUUUCACUCUCCAAAAUCAUUGCAAUUUUAAUUAAUCUGAUUGUAUUAUUAUAUUUAACAUAACUGCAGGCGGUUUCAUUAUACAUUUCUUCUUCUUUUAAUUUUUUUUUUACAUGGACUAUAACUAGUUAUAAAUUUUAUAGGACAAGUGUAUCAAAAAUAAUCGUGAUAUAGUAGAAUAAUAAAAAUUAAAAAAUAAAUUGAUUUUGGAACUGAAAUAGAAUGUUUGUACUGUUGUCUAGAAUAUCCUCGAGUUAUAAUAAUUAAAGCAUCACAUAAUCGCGUUAAAAGGCUUUGGUAUUAUUAUAAAUAUCGCUACGGCUUUCUAGUUAAGAAUGGAAAGGAAGGAAGAAAAAAAUGGAGCUGUGAACUAGUGGUUUGUUGACUACAAAUAAAUAUUUAAAAUAACUACUUAUAGAUAAGUUUAAAAAAAAUUAUUAUUAGAGAAAAAAAAAAACAAAACAAAUUUAAUACAACUAUAAUUAAUUGUAUUUCUUUAUUUACUUGUAUUUAAGUAUAAGUACUGUACAUAUACGUAUGUAUACAUAUUCGAAUAUUAAAAUACUAUGUUGAAAAAUUUUUAA